AUGAUGACAGCCACUACCAUACGACCACCUUACAUUCUACUGAUAGCCUUACUCAUCGGUACAGAGACUGAUUACUGUCUGGCUCUUGCUAGCAAUAACAAGAAGAGGUCACGCAAAAAGGCAGUAGGUCCUUCUCGUGGCUUUGGUGGGAUCGUGCUUCCACCAAUCGAACAGUCCUAUACUGUGGAUGACAGUCCUUCCACCAAAGGCCUCCUUGAGUUUUUGGAAGAUGAAGAAGUAGAAGGUCUUGAUACCUUGGAGAUUGGACAUUCUCGGAAUGGAUUGAGGGGAGUUUUCGCCAAGGAAUCAAUUGAAGAAGGAGAGUACAUAUGUGCGAUUCCAUUUGUUUCUACCAUUCUAGUUGACGAGACCUUUGUCGAUUCCAGCGAGGUCGAUUCCGACCUUCGUUCAGCCAAUAAGAUUGAAAACGCAGUCAAGUUCCACAAAAUGAUGGAAACGGAAGCAGAGAAGUGGUCAAAGUACUUUGACUGCCUCCCUACGCAAGAAGACGACAACUUUGAUGCCACACCAGAUUUUUGGUCCGACGAGGAUAUCAAAACUUUAGAAGUGCCAGUUUUGGUCGAAAACAUGCUCCAUAGGAAACAAGAGAUCGAAAAGGCCUCUAAGGAAACAGGGAUUGAGCUGCAGGAACUGCAGCUGGCAGCAUGGUUGGUUCAAUCCAGAGCAUUCACAACCUUGAAAAAAGUGGCAAUGUUGGACCCUGAUGAUCCUGACAAUUUGAAAAAAGAAGGCCUUCUACAGAGGACUAUACUCAUACCAUUUAUUGACUUUCUGAACCAUGCCUCGAUGUCGCCCAAUGCGGAGAUGCAAGUAAUUGAAACCAAGGCCUACGAAGAGUCCUUUUAUGCUCUCGUAGCAAAGCGGAAAAUUGCUAAAGGAAAAGAAGUCCGAAUACAGUAUGGGACUGGACACGAGACCUCUUUUGACCUUUUCUCCAAGUAUGGGUUCUUGCCAGAGGACAAUCAAUCAAAUGAUUUUGAAUAUCUUCGCAGCAGUGAAGUGACUCUGAAAAAUCUACAAGACAUUGAAAAUGUGGGCCAGCAACAAGCUGUGUCUCUACGAAAGUAUCUCAAGAAUCUCCUCGCCAAGAUGUAG